CUCCCUCCCUCCCUCCCUCCCUCCUCUGUAACAACUAGUAUUAGUAAUAACUCUCUCUCUCUCUCUCUCUCUCUAUAUCUUCUCUCUCUGGGGAAGAGACAGUACAGUAGAGUAUAUAUAUAUAUAGAGAGAGAAAAAGAAUCCCUUUAUAUAAUAUUUGUUUUUUCUCUGGACUAUCGCCGCCUUGAGCCGCUAGCUGCAGAAGAUUUUAAAUAGAGGCGCAUUUGGUUUUAUGGCUACAGGGAUUUCUCUCUAGAGGACUGAUCACUGCUAUAAUUAUUAUUUCUGGGCUUGCAUUUAUUAAUUAAUUACUGUCUUUCUUAAAAUCUGUCCAAGUGAAGAAAGUUUUCAACUGUCACUCUUUCUUCAGUAUACAUAUAGAAACAGAGAUCCCCUGUUCAAGGACGACAAGACUCAUCAAACAAGCAAAGAUAAUCAGAUAGUAGUGAAAAUUGAAGACAAUGUUGAGUCAGAAGCAAGCAGAGGAAGCGAUUGUCUCCAGCUACGAUGAGACGUCGGCUGAGAAUGAUUGCGGCGGCGGAAAAGAGGAGGAGAAGGCGGAAGAUCAGCCCAUAUUCAGUAUCAGUAAUGCUCUCUGGCACGGCGGUUCAGCCUGGGAUGCCUGGUUCAGUUGUGCUUCUAAUCAAGUAGCACAAGUGCUGUUGACACUACCAUACUCGUUCUCACAACUAGGAUUGCUAUCCGGGAUAGUGUUUCAAAUAUUUUACGGAUUGAUUGGAAGCUGGACUGCUUAUCUUAUCAGUGUUCUUUACCUUGAGUACCGAAGCAGAAAGGCCCCGGAAGGUGCUAGCUUCAAGAACCACGUCAUCCAGUGCAGUAACAUAUACUACAUAAAUGACCACCUGGAUAAGAGGACAUGGACAUAUAUAUUUGGAGCAUGCUGCGCCACCACAGUCUUCAUACCCUCUUUUCACAAUUACCGGAUUUGGUCCUUUUUAGGACUUGGUAUGACUACUUAUACCGCCUGGUACAUGACCGUUGCUGCCCUUGUUCACGGCCAGGCUGAAGAUGUACAACACUCCGGUCCUAAAAAGCUUGUACUCUACUUCACCGGCGCCACUAAUAUACUCUAUACAUUUGGUGGCCAUGCUGUUACUGUGGAAAUAAUGCAUGCAAUGUGGAAACCCCAAAAAUUCAAGUACAUAUACUUGUUGGCCACACUAUAUGUAUUCACUCUAACAAUCCCAUCAGCUUCAGCUGUUUAUUGGGCUUUUGGAGAUCAACUCCUCAACCACUCCAACGCGUUUUCCCUCCUCCCAAAGUCCGCGUGGCGCGAUGCUGCCGUUGUACUUAUGCUUAUCCACCAGUUUAUCACGUUCGGGUUUGCAUGUACGCCGCUCUACUUUGUGUGGGAGAAAGUAAUCGGGAUGCACGACACGAAAAGCAUAUGCCUGAGGGCGUUAGCAAGGCUGCCUGUGGUGAUUCCAAUAUGGUUCUUAGCCAUUAUAUUCCCGUUUUUCGGGCCUAUAAAUUCGGCAGUUGGUGCCCUUCUAGUGAGUUUCACUGUCUACAUAAUCCCUGCCCUCGCCCAUAUGCUUACUUAUAGAAAAGCCGCUGCUCGCAAGAAUGCUGCUGAGAAGCCACCACCAUUCAUGCCAAGCUGGACAGCCAUGUAUGCGAUAAACAGCUUCAUCGUUAUAUGGGUAUUUGUUGUGGGUUUCGGGUUCGGAGGGUGGGCUAGCGUUACCAAUUUCGUUCGGCAAGUUGACACGUUUGGCCUCUUUGCUAAGUGUUAUCAGUGCAAGCCCGCCGCCGCCGCCCAUCUACCGCCGCCCCACCACUGAUAACCGAUCGACACCAAUCAAUUACAAUAUGGCCCUUCUCUCUCUCUUUCUCUCUGUAAUAUACAUGGGGAUAUGUGCAAUAUUACCCCUACAGUCUACAUUACUACAUGUGUUGUGUGCCUUUUUUUCAUUUUUUAUUUUAUUUUCUAUUUGAAAUGUUAGGUGAGAUUAGUGUGUGGAAUUUGUGGUGAAUGAUUGCUUCUCAAAGGUGUAGUCUACUAAUUAAUUUAGUAAAAACCAGUCUCUGCAUAAGUUUAGACUUUCUCUCA